GGACCAGGUCCGGCCGGCACCUCGAGGAUCCCGCAGGGAGAGGACUCGGCUCCCGCUGCUGCUAUCCUCCAUCAUCUGAAGGUCUCCCGCCUCUCUUCCAGGGUGUGUCUCAGGGAUUGUGCUUAACAUGCACGCUCCCAAGAGUGUGUAGCCUGCAUCGCCAAGAGAAGUCUUAAGAGUGUGUGUUAGUGUGUGUGUAGUUGAAGUGCAGACAUGGGCUCGGUGGGAGCAGAGCGCCGCAGGCCUACACCGGCCCAGACGCCCGAGGAGAGGGAUGUAUGGAGGGAUGGAGGGAGAGCUGGAUGGAGGGAUGCAGGGAGGGAGGGGUGGAGGGAGGGGAGAGAGAGCGGCGUGGUGCAGAGCUACAGCUUCGACUCGUACCAACUGGAAGAGGAGGAGAUCAGUAAAGACGCCCCGGAGCGAGGAGUGCUGGCUUUGUCCGAGCCUGACUUUGAGGAGCCGAUCCCUGAUGACCGUUACCAUGGCAUCUACUUUGCCAUGCUAUUGGCUGGCGUGGGUUUCCUGCUUCCCUACAACAGCUUCAUCACUGAUGUGGACUACCUGCACCACAAGUUUGAAGGGACAUCCAUAGUGUUUGACAUGAGUCUGACGUACAUCCUGGUGGCUCUGCUGGCUGUCAUCCUCAACAACGUGCUGGUGGAGAGACUCAGCAUGCACACCAGAAUCACUGUGGGUUACAUCUUAGCUCUCGGGCCGCUGGUCUUUGUCAGCGUGUUUGACGUGUGGCUGGCAAAGUUCACCACCAGGCAGGCUUAUAUCAUCAACCUGGUGUCAGUGGGAGUGGUGGCCUUCGGAUGCACAGUGCAGCAGUCCAGUUUCUAUGGUUACAUGGGGAUGCUGCCCAAGAGGUACACACAGGGGGUGAUGACUGGAGAGAGUACGGCAGGUGUGAUCAUCUCGCUGUCGCGCAUCUUCACAAAGCUGCUGAUCCCCGACGAGAGGAGGAACACGCUCAUCUUCUUCCUCGUCUCCAUCAGCAUGGAGAUGCUCUGUUUCCUGCUUCACCUGCUGGUUCGACGCUCCCAGUUCGUCCGCUACUACACCAACCUCGCCCAGGGCAAAGGUCCGAGCAAAGGUCACGACCCGCGCGACAACGGGACGGCAUACAGAGUUCACCACGAUGUCACCGCAGAGGAAGUAAGAUUUGGAAAUGGUGGAGCAGCACCAACAGAGGACAGUGUCGAGGACUUUGAGGGUGGGACGUAUGUGCGAUUCGAUGCCCCGAAAGCAAAGAUAAGAAGGAGCUGGCCUGGUGUCCGCGACAUGAUCUUGCAUCGUUACGUGGUGUCCCGUGUGAUCUGGGCCUACAUGCUGUCAAUCGCAGUGACCUACAGCAUCACUCUGUGUCUGUUCCCCGGCCUCGAGUCGGAGAUUCGGAACCCCAUGUUAGGAGAGUGGCUCCCCAUCCUCAUCAUGGCCACCUUCAACAUGUCUGACUUUGUUGGCAAGAUUCUGGCAGCGCUGCCGUACGAUUGGUCCGGGGGCCGCCUGCUCUUCUUCUCCUGCCUCAGGGUGGUCUUCAUCCCUCUGUUUGUCAUGUGCGUGUACCCGGCCAGCGCGCCCACCCUGUCCCACCCCGCCUGGCCCUGCCUCUUCUCCCUCCUCAUGGGAGUCACCAACGGAUACUUCGGCUCUGUGCCGAUGAUCCAGGCCGCAGGCAAAGUGCCGCCAGAGCAGAGGGAGCUGGCAGGAAACACCAUGACGGUCUCCUACAUGACAGGCCUGAUGGUGGGCUCCGCCGUGGCGUACGCUGCUUACAGCUUCACCGCUCCAGCUUCAGGAACACGCCUGUCCACGCUCAACAUACACACACCUGCCAACGCUACUGGAUUCUGAAUGUCCACACAGUAAAACAGAAAAAACACACACACAUGAACACACACCUGCAGCCAUUUACACACACGAGAACCCGGCACAGCGCAGACUGAUCAUGUUUACACUCUGAGAGACUGAUUCUCCUUUGGUCAUAAUUUGACUCAUUGGAUGAAGAAACGUGGUGAAGACACAAAAAAAUAUGUCAAACAGUAAAAACGUAGCAGAUUUCUCUCUCGCCUGCCGGUCCACCGACCUUCAGAUGUCACGCUGUGAUGAACUUUUCCCAGGAGGUGACAAACGGGAGCCGUGCGUCUGUCGGAGGGCCGACAGGAGCCCUCUGAGCGUCUCACAGUGAAAUUAUUGUCUGCAUGUGUGUGUGUGUGUGUGCGAACAGACCGGCUGACAUUUGUACAGUGUAAAGUCAAGUGGUGUUUCCCCGCAGGGAGCGAAGGGCUCGCAGUUUUCGAGGAGGCCUCGUGUCACGGGUCACUUACGUGUAUGUUACAUUUCACCAUGUUGAUAUUCAGAGAGGAGAGAUGAUGUCAGUGUGGAUGUUUCGGUUGAUUCAGAUGUUUUCUCGUUAUAAUCGCUGACUGAUAGAGUCAGGGUCGGAAAUUAGCAGCAGCCAGAUGCAGGUAAAAUAUGCAAAUAGCUGCUAGAUUUGCUUCUCUCACCAGCCAAAAAAAACCAAUAUAAAUCGACUCAGAUUUUGGCGGGUAGAUUUUGGAGUCCACCAGCCAAAGAGGCGGGUGGACAAAAAAGUUCAUUUCCAACCCUGUAGAGCCGUGAUCAGGCCUGAAAAAUAAGGCCCGACUUUACAUAAAUCUCUAUAGUUUCUGUCCAAACCAGAGCGCAUAGAUCGAUUAAAUAGCAACAUUUCCACUGCAAAAAGAAUUUAAACGAUAAUUUUAAACAAUUUAUUAUAAGCUAAAGUCAACUAAAGUCUUUUCUGUUCAGUAACAGACAUUUGCACCUUUUAAUUAAACUCUUUAUUUCAACAUUUCCAUUAACUAUAAUGGGUCGAUCGCCACACAGUUUAUACUUUAUUUAUGACGUUACACAGACUUUAAAGGGCCAGACAAACAAAACCAACAUCAAAGAAUUAGCAGCAACAAAGGUGGAUUGUUGAAACCUCACGCCACUUGUGUUUCGAUUCAAAAAAUUUUCAAUGAACCCAUCGAAAAGAUGAAAGCAAAGGGGCAGUAAGUGUGUGCGGUCUCCAAACCAGCAGGUGGCGGUCGUCUGUUUUCGUCACUUAAAAACUGGAGGACCAACAGGACGGAUUUAAAACGCUAGUUAGUCAGUUAGCACAUUAACAACAAAACCCGAUGUUGAAAGGACAAAUUUAAAUUGCCGUGUGCUGGUGAACAGCAACUUAAACAAUUACACAACAUUUCUGCUGAAGAGCUCAACGGCUAAAAAAAAU